UUAGAUAUUUCAACGUUUUCUCCUUCCAUUUUUCUUCUAUAUAUAUUUCUUCCUUCGUUUCUCUACAAAUAUAUAGUACAUAACACAAACGUUAAUCAAGAGGGGAAUUGUCUCAACUCAACUCUCACCAUGAGAACCAUUUGCUUCCUAAACCCUCCCCCUCCUACUUCAAACGCUUCUCUCAUCCCCUCAAAGCCACCUCAACUUGUUUCAUCGGUGACCAAAACCGAAGGAUGUUGGAGAAGGCAAUGCGUUGCGAUGGGAGUGGCAUGCACCAUAAUUGGACUAGAAAUGUGCAAUUCACUCGCACUUGCCCAUCAAGCCCUUCAAAUCACCACCAUGCCAAAGGCUAAUGAAACACUAUCAAAUACUAAUAAUUCUUAUGGUGCCACCCAAUGGAGCCAGAAAAGAACGUGCCCUUCUUGGCGUGGCAGCUCCCUAGAAACCAUCGUGCCGGAGAACCUCCCCCGCCCCUCGGCACGCCGGAGAUACCAGGCUGUCGGGUCCACCUCCAAGACGGCGCCGCCGCUCUCCGCCGCCGCCAAACUUGAAGGCAAAAAGGGGAGUUGCUUCUCCAUGUGAAAAAUGAAAUACUUGUACAUAACUAAUUAUUAUUGUCAAUUGCUUCCCCUUUCACACAAAUUGAUAUUCAUGUCAUAUUCAAAUGUUACAUUUUUAUUUCUUUUCAUUCACGAAAACUCCAAAAAUAUCUAACAAAUAAUUCAUUGUAUGUAAUAGUAGUACUCGAUUGGAUUUAUGCA